AUGAAAUCAGUAGCUCCACCAAUGGUUGCAAAUUCCACGGCGGAGCAAGUAUACGAGUACUUGAAAAAAGUUGCUCCGCUUAACAAACUUGCGGGAGCUGUUCCAGUAACAUCAGUGCGGAAAUAUAUUGGUGCACUCGAUGAUGAUCACAUGUUCCAUGGUGAAGGAGUUCUUAUUUCAGAAAUGGGCUUCCGCUUUGAAGGUGUUUUUCAACAUGGGAGUAUGGAGGGACACGGAAAGAUUACAUGGAGUAGUGGUAUCACGUACGAAGGUGAGUUUAAAAAUAAUGCUCCAAAUGGUAAGGGUAUUUUUACAUGGGUAAAUGGUGAUAGAUAUGUUGGUGAAGUGAGAGAUGGUGUACGAUAUGGUCAUGGAGAGUUAUCAACCGCAGAUGGAGUUUAUACUGGAGAAUGGGUCCGAGGAAAGCGACAUGGUAUGGGACGUCAAACAUACGCUGGUAACUCUUAUUAUGAAGGUGAAUGGAUAAAAAAUAAACGAAAUGGAAAAGGAAAAUUAAUGUAUCCCAAUGGUGAUUUGUAUGAUGGAAUGUGGCAUGAUGAUAAACGAGAAGGUUUUGGGACGAUGGGAUGGAAGUUUGGUACAGGACACUAUGUUGAAGUGUAUGAAGGUGAAUGGCGUGAUGGCAUUCCAUUUGGUUUUGGAAGAUCUACAUAUGUUCACUAUAUUAACCCUGAAAAUGUACCGCAAGAUGCUGGAAGUUUAGAAGAUUUUGCCCCUCCUGUUCAUUCUGUUCUUAAUGUUUAUGUAGGAGAAUAUGUAAAUGGUAAACGUCAUGGAUUUGGUAUCUUUUACUACGCAGAUGGAAGUGUUUACGAGGGUGAAUGGUGUAAUGGUAAGAAAGAAGGACAUGGAAAGUGUACAACGAAUACUGGUGUCUCACACUAUGAUACUUUCCAUGGGAAUGAAGCAGAGGAACAGCUUAAAGUAACGGAUACCUCAAAUUCUUUACCUGAAGUUAGAUUAGCAGAUAUUAUUGGAGUUUCAGAUAAUUCUUUAGAUGAAGCUACUUCUGCCAUAAGACUUUUACUACUACGUUUUAAUAAUACUCUCAAAGAUUUGUUCUAUGCAUAUAGUGAAAAGAAUGAAAAUAUUGCGCUUAUUACUACUCCAAAUGAUUGGUGGAAACAUCGUACCCCAAGUCACAUAUUCAUUCCACAGUAUCUUCGUUUAUUGAAUGAUGCACACAUCAUAAAUGGGAAAAUAAGUAUCGCUGAUGUGAUUGACUGUGUUGCAGUAACCAUUGAAAAAGAAAAGGCUUCUGAAGAAGAAGAAAAGGAAAAAAGAGAAAAAGAUGAAGAAGAUGAAGAAGAAAAAGAUGAAACAAAAGAUAAUCCUUGGAGUAUGCAAAUGCGGAAACUCCGAAAUGAUGUAUUGAAUCUACAAGGAUAUCUAAAUUAUAGACAAUUUGCAGAAUCCCUUGUUCGACUCUCCGCUAUUGCUUGCAUUGGUUAUAAUAUUGCAGAGUUAUCAAAACGUUUUUCAACAUUUAUGGAAGGUUCACUCACAAAGGAAAAGUUCGUGGAUGAACCUUUGUGUCCCCUUACAAGAGAGUGGGAAACAUUUUUAAUUCCCCACUUAAAAGCUCUGGAGGCAUUAUUUCAACGAAUGUCAUUAAAUUCUCAAGUGGUACAAGGUAACACAAGUGCUCCUUUAGAUGUUCGAACCUUUAUUGCAUUCUUUCGUGGUUUAUUUAAUAAGUAUGAUAUUGGUUUAACAGAAGCUGUGAAUUCUCUCUUCCCAUUUGACCAAUUCAAAACACCAGGUCUAGUACCCUCUGCUGUUUGUCAACCACGUAAUGCUUUAGGGCUUUGUCUGUACGAAAAGAGUUGUGGACCUAAUGGAGUAUUUGUUGCGGCGUUAGUAGCAUCGGAGCGACGACUGACGUUUGUUGAGUUUAUUGAGGCUAUAUUGGGUGUGGCGCUUCUUAUCGGUGCAACCAAAGAGGAAGAGAUGGAGGAGAAACUUGUUGAGAUUUUAGAAGUGCAGAGCACUGAAGUUGUGGUGACGGAUUAG